AUGUCUGCCACCGAAGAGUCAGUGGUGUUUAAGGCGCCUGAACGUAUCGUACCAAAGCGAGUAUGCCACAGAGGUUGGACAGCCUCUGGGUAUAUUACUGAAGGUCGCCGACCUUUGGGCUCCAAGGACCUGGCAGCGAAGCUGGUAGGGCCAGAGGCGCCUCCUGAUGUAGGCACGGUGACAAGCACGGAUGCCUGCACACCGCAGUGGUCUAACGAAGCGGAAGUGUGUUGCGAAGCCACACGACUGGUGUGCAUGGCGGGGAUAUGCACGGUGACGGUGGGGCAGCUUCAUGCGUUGAAGGCCGCGGCCGGGUCCUGCCCCCCCAAUCUGGCAGAGUCGCGGGUAAUUGAUGCGGUGCUGGUGUUUGGUAAUCUUGGGAUGCCGUGCGACAGAUGGCACCUACGCAGCGAGACGUCGCAGGCUAUUCGUUUUCGCGAGUUGUCACUACGCAACCGCCACGGAGUUUUAGGCCAACACCUCUUCACCUUCUGA